GAGAUCUGCAGCCGGCUAGAGGCGGGGAGAUGCAGCCGGGCUUGGAAUUAGCUCGCUUCGGUCUACUUUGCUGCUGCUGCUGUCUCCUUGUCCCGGUCCAGAGCUGUGGACCCGGCCGGGGUUACGGUAGGAGGAGACCGUCCAGAAAGCUCACUCCUCUUCUCUACAAACAAUUCAUCCCCAAUGUUGCCGAGAAAACCCUGGGGGCGAGCGGCAGAUCCGAGGGCAAAAUCAGCCGCAAUUCCGAGAAAUUCAAGGAGCUGACUCCCAACUACAACCCUGACAUUAUAUUCAAAGACGAAGAGGACACCGGGGCUGACCGUCUCAUGACACAGCGCUGUAAGGAUAAAGUGAAUUCACUAGCAAUCUCUGUGAUGAACCAGUGGCCAGGGGUGAAGCUCCGAGUGACAGAGGGCUGGGACGAGGAUGGACAUCAUUCAAAGGAAUCCUUACAUUAUGAGGGUCGAGCAGUAGACAUCACCACCUCUGACAGGGAUCGCACAAAGUAUGGUAUGCUGGCCCGCUUGGCAGUGGAGGCAGGAUUUGACUGGGUUUAUUAUGAGUCAAAAGCUCACAUUCACUGUUCAGUGAAAUCAGAUAAUUCAAUGGCCACCAAAACAGGUGGUUGUUUCCCUUCUGAAGCCACGGUAACACUGGAAGAUGGGCAGACCCGAGCUAUGUCAGAUCUGAAUCCUGGGGACCGAGUCCUAACCGUGGAUGCGACUGGCAAGGUGGUCCCCAGUCAAGUGUUGCUUCUGCUGGACAAAGAAGAGGAGAUGAGAAUCUCUUUCACUGUGCUGGAGACCGAGGACCCUCAACACCAUCUAGAACUCACAGCAGCGCAUCUCAUCUUUGUUUCCGAUAAUAACACAGACAGAAUGGAGAACUUUCGGCCGAUGUUUGCUAGCAAAGUGCAAAUAGGUCACUUUGUCCUUAUGAAAGAGGUUGGCUCAAGCCAUCUCCACUCAUCUAGGAUUAAAGCUGUCUAUGUGAAAGAGGACAUUGGUGUGUAUGCACCACUGACGUCUCAUGGCACGUUGUUGGUGAAUAAUGUGCUCACAUCUUGUUAUGCUGUGAUAGAGAAACAUCACUGGGCACACCUGGCUUUUGCACCUCUUAGACUCUUUCACUCAUUGACUAAUUUGCUACCAUCCUUCCAUUUUAGGCAUGGCAAUGCCACACAAGAGAAUGGCAUCCAUUGGUACUGCAGGUUUCUCUACAGCCUGGGAGAGAAAGUCCUGGACAAAGAAAAGUUUCACUCUUUAUGA